AUAUUUCAACAAUAACCUCUACUUUGUCUGUGAUAGCACUCCAUUCAGCCACCGACAUCAAAAACAUUAUUAUUAUCAUUUUCAUCUUUUUUUAUCCUUUGAUCUGUGUAGUAAACUGCGUCGCUCAAAAAUCCUAUCAUAAGACUCCCAAUUGCUCUUGUGCAUAAAGGAAAUACGUAAUCAUUGUUGUAGAAAUUAACGCAGGGGAAUUAUAUCGAUGCACAAUUAAGAUAAAAUUUGUGUAAUGGUGUAAAUAUCAUCACCAGGAAAAACAAAAAAUAGAAAAUAGCUUCAGCAUCCUUCAAACCAGAGUGUAACCUGCACGUUCAGUAUAAAUUAUGGCAGGUUGAGGUAUAGUUUACAUUUUAAAUACGUAUUAAAUUUAAAAUACAUUUUACAUGCACCUCAUUAAAUUACUAGUUUGCAGAGAAAACACACUUAUGAUCAUCUGGAAGUGUGUGCACAUUAUUGUUGUUAAUGUUAUAGAAACACACAAUUACAUAUUUUAAUGUUAACAUGUUUGGAAUAAACAUAACCUGCUCUAAAUUUUAUCAAAUAAAAUCACUGCCAAAUUAGUACUUCAUUACAAAAAGAAGACAAGAUGAACUGUUUGACUGAGGAUUUUUUUUUUACUCAUUCUGUCAUACCUUCAGAUGUAAUUCGGCCUAUUAAAUCAUUUAAGAGUAGAUCUGAAGGCAUUUCUACAUUGAGCAGUCAGUAGUUAGAAUGAUUCUCUCUCGUCUCUGUCUUCUUUCUUUUCUUCUUCUUUUUUUUCCUCCAACCGCAAAGACAGUCAAGAAAUGAAUGACCAGAUUAUUAUCAAUUGGGGAGGAAAAACAGAAAGAAAGGGUGGAGGACAAGUUUUGAAAAAUGUCAGAGGUCAGCAUCAGGUGGGACGCUUCAAUAAAGGAGACACUGACCCACACAAGUGCUUGAACUGUGGACCCCCAGACCAGUUAACUGGUUUGCUUUCAAAAGAUCAAGAAGUAUCACUGCAGCCAGGCUGGGGGCACUCUGGUCUAUGCCACCCUCCAAGCCAGACAGACGGUAGGACGGGCAGACAGCUGCCUCUCAGACCCUUGCACAUUAUGGAGGCUUUGUAUAUUCAGCCCUUUGAAGAAGACAGGCGGAUGGAACAGGAAGAGGGAGGAAUGGAGGCCUCCACUCCCACGGGCUCCACCACAGACGAGGAAACAGAUGAGGACUCUGAACGAGAGCCCCCGCCUGUCGUCCGGAGGAAGGUGUCAUUCGCUGAUGCAUUUGGCCUCAACCUGGUGUCAGUCAAGGAGUUUGACAAUGUUGAUGUGACAGAGUCAGAGGUCAGCGAGCCCACUGAGAGGGAGGCGACCCAUCCGUUGGAGGAGAUCUACAUGUCCCGUCUGUUUACAGUCCCCUCAUCCCCAGAGGAGCUGGAUCAGAGUCUUCAGGCACAAAUGGUCGAGCUGGAGAGCAUUGAGCUUCUCCCAGGAACCACCACACUCCGUGGCACCGUCAGGGUGGUCAACCUCUGCUAUAGUAAGUCUGUUUAUGCCCGGAUCACCCUGGAUCGCUGGAACACCUACUUUGACCUGAUGGCAGAGUAUGUGCCUGGAUCAAGCGAUAUGAAAACGGACAAGUUUACCUUCAUGUAUACUCUGGUUCCUCCCUUUGAGAAACAGGGGACCAGAAUGGAGUUUUGCCUGCGUUAUGACACAUCGGUGGGCACUUUUUGGGCUAAUAACAAAGAAAUGAACUAUGUGCUGUUCUGCCACCAGAAGGGACAGGGGCCUCAAGUGCAAGAGGAGAGUACCGGCCACAAGGGCAAGAGGAGCUGUCUCAAAGCUAACAGGAGGGGAAGUGCAGAGGAAAAGACCAGGGAGAUCAUUAACACAGCAACAGUUGCUGCAGAAGUUCAGGCCGCACAUGAAGCAGAGGAAGCUGACAGAAAGACAGUGGACAGUGCAGAGAUACAAUCAUUAUUAUACCAUGAAGAACACAAACCUUUGGUGGAUAGCGUAAAAAGCCGGCACAGAGCGGCACGUUUGGCACGUGUGCAGGACUUCUUCUCCCAGAGGAGGCAGCAAGUACCAAAGCCAAAACCUAUGCCAAGCACGUGGGAUGACGCUGCCAGCUCUCUCGAGACACGCCAAAAGAAACCAUCCAAUGAGAGUCUGCAGGUACUCACCUACCAUCAGAUUCCUCUGCUUACAUUGGAUUGGAACAAUGAUAAACCACAGCAGUGGGGGACUGCUGACGUAGAUGAUAUUUGGACUGGAAGAGAUAAAAUGUCGAAAGCUUCCGAGGAACAUAUGAAAGAUACACCUUCUGUUAAUGAUAUAUGGGAGACCUUUCACAAUGGCACAGAUAAUACCACUAAUAAAGAAACCUCCGUGUGCGAUGUAUGGCAGGCAUUUCUUAAUGGGCCGAGCUGCAAGGACCAUUCUGGUGUUCCAGAGUCAGAGUGGCUUCAGACGGCAGCGUCGGUGUCUCCACCAAACGAUAAAGAGCCCCAAACCCAAUAUGGAGCAAGCAGUCAGGAGCAUGAAUUUCAGGUGGGCACAGAUAUACCCACCAUCUUACAAGCACCCACCUCAGCUGCAUGUCAGCUGCUGUCAGACACUCGUGAGACAUUGCUGGCUAAUGUCGCCUUAAACGCCGAAGACCAACAGCCAGCAGAGGCAUGUGUCGGUAGCCCAAGAGAUGACAACACAGUGACACAAGAUGCAUCCCAAAGGUCACAGACGAACUCCGUAACAGACACUCUGCAGGAAUUUAGCUUCAUAGGGGCAACGCCCGUGUCCGAGGGCUCUGUUGACAGUUCAACUGAGUGUCACGAGCUUGUGAUCUGGGAGCGAGAAAGAGAAGGAAUAAUAGGAGAAGCAGGAGGAAUAGGAGGAAAUGAGCCCUCCAUGCCGCACACGGCUGACUUAGUAACAAGCUCAGGGGAGUCGGAAACAACAGACAUGACAGCAAUGCCAGAGUCUCAGAAUGCCACCGCUGGUGAUAGGAUCUCACAGGGAGCAAGGCUGGAUGAGGGUCUUUCAUACAGCAGGGAAGGGGAGGUUACAGGUACAGCACACAAUGCGAUGGCAUUUAGCGAGACAAUCAGUCAGGGGACAAAGGAUUGGGAGAGGUUUGUCUUCUCCGUGUCCAGACAAGGAGCAGAGGAAGGGAUCACAACGAACUGCACGGAAAAUAAAGUAUCUACAGAAGAAGAAAUAUUUAGGCCAGAGUGUGAAAUCUCCCAGGGGUAUGCAGAUGAAAAGCAGUGCGAGGAAUUCAAGCCGAACCAAAACAGGGAAAACGCAUUAAAGCAGAAUGACAAAGAUGAAAAUGAAAUAAGACCUGCACAGUCACAUGCAGAUGAAUUCAAUCUAAACCAAACAUACGUGGACGGAUUUGGACAGAAAGAGGUGGAAACUUCUGAUUGUACAACAAGCGAAAAGACAAAGACACUAAUCGGAGAAGCAGAAGUGAUCCGGCUAUUAGAUGAGGAAGCAGAAGCAGAGUUGGGCUUUCAGAAAGAGGAGGCGGAGGACCCAACACAAACACAAACAGAGAAGAAUGGUGCACUGAAGCCUGAAACAGAUGAACAUGUAUCAGUCUCAAAUCAGACAGAUGAAGGCAUAAGCUUGAGCUGUAGUGGAAUAAUUCAAGAGAAACAGGUCCUCCAAAAUGACCAUGAUACAUUCAGACCUUCUCCAACAGAUAAAUGCAACCCAAACCCAAUGGAGGUGUUAGAAACUGGAUGGACUCAUUCACAGGAACAUAUGAAGGGUCAAGAAGAGGAUGUAGGCAGUGAAAUAAGCACAAGAGAAGUUACAGUGAAAGAGAACAUUGGGAAGAAAGACACUUCAACAGAGCUUCAACACCAACCUGAAACAUUAAAAAGAAUAGAGGAAGAUAUGAGUCAGAGAGAUAGAGCUGAGAGGGUGAGUAUUGGAAAGCUGGAAAUAGAAGCAGUGGAGGAGUUGAUGGGAAACAUGGAGAACCCUCAGGGGGAGAGUGAGAAUGCACCAGCUGAAGUGAAAGAACAAGAGUUGUCAGCAGAAGUUGAGAGCUCUCCACAUGUUGAAUAUAAAAAAUUGUCAGAGGGAACAAAAGACCCUAUUACGGCAGAAAAUACUGUAGCACUUGAAGUGAUAGAAUCGGGAUUAGAGGAGAUGUUCAUAGACAGAUUUGGAGAAGAUUUGGUCAGUGGGAUUUGGGAGGAUGUGUUCGGUCAGAGAGGCAAUGUGCAGGCCUCUAAUAGAGGCACAAAUAUUGCUAAGAGAGUGGGGGGAAGGCUGACAGAUAUACUAGAUAUUACGCAUGAUUGCCAUCUUCUUUCAGACGAAGACUACAAUGAGACUUUUGAUUCAGGUGUAUUCUCCUUGACAGAAUUACCAACAGAUCCUAAUUUAAACCUCUAUCAAGGCCUUGAGCAAACUUUAACCAAAAGGAGCAAUGAAUUCUCACCAACAGAAACAGGGCAGUCACUCGCCCAAACAGAACAAACUCACUUUCUCUCUAAAUUACAGAUAGAUUCAGAUUCAAGUGCUCAUCUCAGUCAAGAUCUCAAACCCACUUUAGCUGCUCAGAGAAAGCAGUCAUCGACUGAAUCAGCCCAAACUCUCAGCUCUCCAAAGGAUCAGGGAAACCACACUCAAAUAAAGGAAAGAUCAGUCACCCGUCAGGAGACAGGUAGCCAAAUAGAAGACUGCGUAUUAGCCCACAGGGAGAGUUUUAAUCAAUCAGGCCACCCAUCUCCCGAACAUUCGAGUCCCUCCUCUAAGAAAUUAAAAGAGUCCGAUGGUCUCUUAUGGUGGAGUAUAUUAUACAUCCUUAGUCACAUCACCAGAGUUCUUAUUUGCUCCCUUUUAGUCGCUGGAUUCUUCGUCAUUGUUUUGCUGUGCGAUUUCCCAGCAUUCUUUGCACUCUACAUAUCUUCAUUGUGCUGGUGGUUUUAUAAGUGUAAGAGACACAGAGGGACAAUGAACAAGGUGGGAUAAAUUGAGAGUUCUGAGAGAAGGAAGGGUGUUCAAGGGUGCUGUGUGUGGUAUUUUUAAACAUCAGUACAUCACUGUCAAAUCAAUGGUGACGUCUUCGUAUUUUAUAUUCAAACUGUGAGACCAUGGGGAAGACGAUUAGAAGCAAGAAAGAUAGGUGCAAUACAACAGAAUGCAACAUACAGCACUUGUAACGUGUGUGUUUGGUUGUGUGGUUUUAUGUUUGGUUGUUUGUUUUUCCAACUCAAAGUGAAUUAGUGCAGUGGUUCCCAACCUUUUUUUUUUUUUUUUUUUUUUUUUGGCUUGUAACCCCUUAAAACCAAGCAAUGUCUACUUGCAACCCCUUGUCACAGUAAAUAGAUCAUACAGUGACUCACAAGGGGGAAAAGAAGAAGAAUGUAUGAAAAAACAAUUCCAAAUAAUCUUGAAUUUAAUUUCGGAAAU